AGGAUUCGGAGCUCUGAGCAGGAUUCACCACCCCUCUUCCGAUACAUAUCUUGCUCAUAGAUGCGGAGAAAUGGGCUCAAUUGCAAUGCCAGCACAGCUUGGAGAUUUGAACGAUCAGGUGUUUGUCUUGGUGACAGGGACCAACAGCGGCCUCGGUCUUUCGAUCUGUCGCCGGUUGAUUGAUGAAUUCCUCCAUACACGACCGAGAACCCAAUCGUUAACCUUGAUAUUCACCACGAGAAGCACAAGAAAGAGCAAUGAGACGCUGGCGCACCUGCAGAGACAUCUUCGUUUAGCGGGGGUCUCGGGCCGGGACUUGGAAAGGAUAACGCUAAAACCAGAGAAUGUGGAUCUCUGCGACCUGCUAUCUGUCCGGGCGCUAUCCCGUCGACUUCUCGCCUCAACGCCAAAGCUCGACGUCGUUGUGCUGAAUGCGGGAAUUGCUGGCUUCAGCGGCCUAAAUUGGUUCCGUGCGAUAUACAUGGUACUCACUGAUUUGAUAUAUGCAGUGACUUGGCCAUCCUCAUACUGUAUAAGCCCGACAGGAACGUUGGUGAAGAAGCAAACGCAGUUACCGGAUGAGCCACCGCUCGGCCAGUUAUUCUGCGCCAAUGUCUUUGGUCACUACAUGCUGAGUCAUAACUUGGUUCCGCUGCUUAAGAAGUCUGACAUUCCAGGACGGAUUAUCUGGACAUCUAGCCUAGAAGCAAACAGAGAAGUCUUUGACGUAUCGGACAUCCAAGCCCUAAAGACCUCUCGAGCCUACGAAUCGGUCAAAUAUCUUACGGAUAUUCUGGCGCUAACAUCUCCACUGCCAAGCACCGCUCCUUGGGUCAAUUCCUUCCUCUCCUCAUUUGACGACGAUAAUCACAUCAGCAACGGAAAGUCCUCCCUGCAAGACCGGAAGCUAUCUUCCACGACACCAAGCAUGUACGUCGCGCAUCCUGGCAUCUGCGCAACUUCCAUCCUGCCCCUUAUCCUCCCACUCUACUACGCCAUGAUCGCCGCAUUCUGGUUUGCCAGAAUCGUUGGGUCUCCAUGGCACGUCCUCUCCUCCUACCGUGGCGCCGCUGCCUCCGUCUGGCUCGCUCUAGCUCCUCAUUCGGUGAUUGACGCCGCAGAAGCAGCAUACGCAGCCCUUGGUGGAGGCAGGGUAAAAUGGGGAUCAUCGUGUGACCGGCUGGGCAGAGAGAGCGUAGUAUGCACAGAAGUGGAAGGAUGGGGCUUUGGUGGCAUUGUAGGAGGUCCUCAAUUAGAAGGUGAUCGAACACGGAGGAGGAAAAGAGGAGCCAGAGACCUAACAGCUGAGGAGAGGGUGGAGUUUGAAGAGUUGGGGAGACGAUGUUGGAGGGAGAUGGAGGAGCUGCGGGUUAGAUGGGAUGACAUUUUGGACCGAGCGGAAGACAACAUGGGAGAGAAGGCUGCCUAGAACAUGAGAGUUGGGCUGGAAGUGACUUGCUAUGCUUUUUCGGGCCUAGACAGAAUAAACCCAGAUGACGGG